AUUCAGAGAAGGAAUUCCAUGAUGCAGCAAAGCGUAAUGACACGGCCAGGAUGGAGGAGCUCAUCAGGAGAGGGGUUGACAUCAAAGCCAAAAACAAUACAGACCGGACUGCCCUGCAUUGGGCUGCAGGAGCAGGGAACGUGGAUGCCGUGCGUCUGCUCCUGGAUCACGGCGUCCCAGUGGAUGACAAAGACAGUUUUGGAAUGAAUGCACUUCUCCUGUCUGCCUGGUUUGGCCACCUCCGUGUCCUGCAGAUCCUUGUCAAUGCUGGGGCCAAGAUUAACUGUGUCAAUAGGAAUGGCAGGAACAUGCUGCACUGUGCUGCUCAGAGGGGACACAUCCAGGUGAUGGAGUUCAUAAUGGAGGACCUGGAGGACAUGUGUGUGGAUAAGACUGACAAGAUGGACAGGACAGCGUUUCACCUGGCUGCGGAGCAUGGGCAGCUGGAGGUGGUGGAGUUCCUAAUUCAACUGGGUUGUUCUCACAGUGCCAAAGACAAGGAAGAAAAUACAGCAUUGCAUUUAGCUGCUAAAAAUGGACAUUCCUCUGUGCUGCAGAAGAUUAUUGAUGUUGGAGUGGGCCUUGAUGGAAAGAACUUGGAAGGACUUACAGCUCUGCACCUGGCUGCUGAGUGGGGUCACAGCGACUGUGUGAAGCUGCUCCUGGAAGCAGGUGCUGAUGUCAAUGCCCAAACCCAGAAGAAGAUGAACUGCCUUCAUUAUGCAGCCCUGCACGGCCAUGAGGAGAUAGCCAGGAUCCUGGUGGAGGCAGGAAUCCACGCAGAUGCUGUGAAUCACCAAAACGCAUCAGCAACGCACAUUGCGGUGCUGCAGAACUUCCCAGCCAUGGUGAAGCUCUUCAUAGAGGCAGAGUGUGACCUUGACAUUCCAGAUAAUAGGCAGCAGACCUCGCUGCACAUCGCAGCGGAGCACGGCAGGCAGGACAUUGCUGAGAUGAUUCUCAUUGCAGGAGUUAAUCUGAAGCUGACAGACAAGCAAGGGAAAACAUCUCUGGAUGUAGCUGCCCGAGGCAAUCACAUCAACUUGGCAGACAUGAUUAUCAAAGCUGAUCGGUUUUACAAGUGGGAAAAGGACAAUCUGAACAGUGACUCUGACUCCUGGGUGGCAAAGCACUUGACCUUCAAGCAAGAUCACAGGCUGGAAACACAGCACAUCCGCUCAGUCAUGUGGAGAUUAGCUACCAAGUACCUCAAACCUGGUGAAUGGAAGAAGCUGGCACAUUACUGGAAAUUCACUGAUGGCCACAUUAAGGCCAUUGAACAGCAAUGGACAGGUAGUAAAAGCUACAGGGAGCACGGCCACCGAAUGCUGCUUAUCUGGCUCCACGGCGCGGUCCUGGCAGGGGAAAAUCCAAUCAAGGGAUUGUACGAAGGCCUUGUGGGGAUUGGAAGGAGAGAUCUAGCAGAAAGCAUUCGGAAAAAAGCAAACGCAGACUCUGCCUCUCCACGGAAGUGCACAGCAAUGUAA